AUGGCGGGCAAACCAAUUUUCGUCCUUCCGGGCGACGAGAUUGACGAGUCCCUCAUACCCACGCACCCGAAGCAUCCUCCGCAUCGGCCCUGGCCUCCGCCACGUUCCUCCAAGCGAUCUCUGUGGGUUGAGAGGAGCACCGGACGGUACCUCCCUGCCGUUGGCGAUCUAGUCAUCGGCACCGUAACCCGCUCUACCGCCGACUUUUACUACGUCGCCCUCUCCGACUACGCAGCAACUGCUACGCUUCCUCAGUUGUCUUUUGAAAUGGCGACCAAAAAGACGAAACCAAACCUGAGCUCCGGCGCCCUCGUGUACGCGCGCGUCACUCUUGCCAACAAGCACAUGGAUCCCGAACUCGAGUGCGUCUCACAGUCAACUGGCAAGGCGGAUGGCCUAGGGCCCCUCGUUGGCGGCAUGGUGUUCAGGGUUUCAUUAGGCUUCGCGAGGCGGCUCCUCAUGCCCAAGGCUGUCGCCGAGGGCAAAGUUGUGGUGCUGGAGGAGCUGGGCUCUGCUGGUUUGGCAUUUGAAACGGCCGUGGGCAGGAACGGCAAGGUGUGGAUCAACAGCGAGAGCGUCGCCACCGUAAUCUUGGCCGGCAAAGCUUUGGAAGAGACAGAUCAAAAGAACCUUACAGUAGACCAACAAAAGAAGCUUGUGCGUAAGCUUAUAAAUACAAAAUGA